CAGCGAGUGAGGGGUGGAGCUGGCGUCCCGUGGGAUAACUGGUCUUCGAGCAAUCCGAGUGAGGGGCGGAGACAGAGGAUCCGGGGAGAGAAAAAGUCCUCCAACAAAACGAGUGUGAGGGGCGGAACUGGAGGACCGAAUGGGAGAGAUUGGGUCCUCCAACAAUCCGAGUUAUGGAGAUUCUAAUUUGCGGGACGGCAAUGACGAGCGGUUAGAGGAGCACCGGCUGUCUUUGGGGCUUUCAAAGGUUCGUGUGUUCGUGAUAGUUUACCUUCCGCUGGCUGAGAAGCAACGAGUUCGAGUCCCACCUGUUCUAGUCUUAACUUGUUGAUUCAAAUGACCUGUCUUCUCUGUUUGGUUGUGGAGACCCUCUGAGAGUUGUCUGGAAUAAUACGCUCUGCAUUGAGUCCCAGGAGGAGGGAGAGGACGUGGGCCAGGGAUUUACAGAGAGGGAUUCCGGAUGUUGUCAGACAGUGAUCUGCUUUCAGGAAUGGCAAGUGCACCUGGAAUUGUCUGUUCCGAAUUUCUUUCCUGUGCUUAUUCAGGACUUUGAUCUCCUUUUCCAGGGGUUUUGAAGGACUGGACAGCUAAUUCGAAUCAUACAUCUCACCAUGGUUCAGCAGUCACUGGAUUGAGACUUCCAUAUUACCAUUCUUUGAAUGUCUGCAUCUGAUCUGACAGUGAAAAAUGUUUCAGACAUCUCUGUGACUGGACGUGUUCUCAUGAACUGACUGAAAAGAGCUGUAACCAGUUACACAGCCGGAGAAAACACUGCAACAUUGACACUGGGGAGAAACUGUAUUCUGUGUGCGCGCGCAUAUUUGGACGAGUGUUCUACUGAUUAUCCACCAUGGAGAGAGACAAAGAUGUCCAUGCCGCGGAGAAACCCUGGAAAUGUGGGGACUGUGGGAAGGGAUUCAAUUUCCCCUGCAUGCUAGAAAUUCAUCGGCGUAGUCACACUGGAGAAAAACCCUGGAAAUGUGUGGACUGUGGGAAGGGAUUCAAUUACCAAUUCCUACUGGAAGCCCAUCGGCGCAGUCACACUGGGGAGAGGCCCUUUACCUGCUCUAAAUGUGAGAAAGGAUUCACUGAUUCACCCCAGCUGCUGACUCACCAGCGAGUUCACACUGAAGAGAGGCCAUUCAGCUGUUCUUACUGCGGAAAGAGGUUCAGGCAUUCACGCACCCUCACUGACCACCAGCGAGGUCACACUGGGGAACUACCAUUCAGCUGCACUUACUGUGGAAAGGGAUUCAGGCAUUUACGUGCCCUCACUGGACACCAACGAGUUCACACUGGAGAUAGGCCAUUUAUUUGCUCUGUGUGUGGGAAGGGGUUCACUCAGUUAUCACACCUGCUGACACACCAGCGGGUUCACACUGAGGAGAGACCGUUUCGAUGCACUCACUGUGGAAAGGGAUUCAGGCACUCAGGCACCCUCAAAGGACAUCAGCGUGUUCAUACCGGUGAGAGACCAUUUAUCUGCACUGUUUGUGGGAAGGGAUUUGCUCAUUCUUCAGGCCUGCGGAGACAUCAGCGUGUUCACACUGGAGAGAGACCAUUCCUCUGCUCUGUGUGUGGAGGGAGAUUCACUGAUUCAUCCACCCUGGUGAAACACCGACGAAUUCAUGCUGGGAGAGACCAUUCACCUGCAUCCUGUGUGGAAGGUGAUCCAUUGCUUCAUCCGUCUCCUGAUACACCACCGAAUUCUCACUAAGGAAAGACCAUUCCACUGCACUCACAGGCAGAAGGGGUCAGGCAUGCAUCCAUGUUCAUCGUACACCUCCAAGUUUACACUGGAGAGAGGCCAUCCACUUGCUCAGUUGGGAAAGGAUUCACUAGUUCAUUCCAACUGCUGAGAUGUUAGCAGUUCACGAGUGACUGCAAGGAUAUGUUUCUGUUACUAACUCACUUAGUUAAACACAUUAUGAUGUAGGGUGUGCUACUUAUGUUAAUAUAAUUGUUCUAGGGUUUGGAUUUUGAACUAGUGGCAUGUGGGGGUCUGUGUGAAGCCAGGACUUCUAAACCAGAAUGUGAGGUGGGGGUGGUGGGGAAGUUCCUGGAGUGAUAAUGGGAGUUUAGUUUGCUUUGUGAGAGGUUUACAGAGCAGCAUUUGAAAGGCAUUAGUUUCCCUUUAUUUUAGGAGAACCAUGAAUUGAUUUUUCUUUUGCUUAUUUGCAUAUGGUUUCAAUUCACAGAAGACCUGGUUGAAGUUAGAUGUAAGACCAGUUUCUCCUGGAGAAAGGAGUUAGUUCAGAACAGGUAGAAAAUAGAUUAUCUCAAUGUAUUGGUUUUAAUCUGAAAGUUUCAGACCAGAAGUGUUUGGUUAGACUCCUGAAGGAGUAUUUGAAGCUCAGUUAUGUGAAUAAUCAAGAAAAAGGCCAUCAAACUCUCAAGAGCAGGAAUUAAAAGAAACAGUUAAGUUCAACAUAUAAUGGGAUAGAGAAGGGAGCUCUCUUGUAUCUGUGUACUGUAAAAUGAUGGUGUAGGAAAGAUGGAAUAUUAUUCUACUGUGUUUUGAAAUCAUUCAAAUUGUGUUAUAUGUAACUAGCUUGGUUUAUUCUAUUGAAUUUCCAUUUCUUUUGCAUAUUAAACUUCAGUUUUAAAU